GUUGCUGGAAACAAUUAUUGACAGCAAGUGGCUGUCAACUCCUUGACGUUUUAGUGAGGAGGCCGGGUUUGUUGUCCUUUUGUAUUCCUCUCUGGUUGGUUUUCCGGUCUCUUGGGCUGUAAAAUAGAAGGCAGAUAUGUCGAAUUUCGCACAGAAAGCUCUACUCCAAGCUCGCCUUCCACUGGCAGAGUUUAGACGAUUUCGGGGCAAAAUCAAUAUUCAGCGUCCUCGGCAGCCGCACUAUGAACGAGCUCGCGUAGUAGCCGUUACAAAUCCCAUUUAUCCAGCGCCACCGACAAAUCAAAACUGUUUCAAAGAAUCUGAACAUAAACUCAAAACAAAAAUACACAACCCAUACAACGACAUAAUCGCUCGCGAAGUACGCAAUUGGUUCGAACAAUCGAAAAUGGUUGCUAUCUUCCAUGAGAAUUCAAUCACUUCCGAUGAUCUUUUCAAAGUACGAGUUGCGUUGCAUCGCGAGAACAUGCAACUGAAAUCCUAUGGGCUGGCUGUUAUUAAGAACGCCUUGGAGAAUACCAAAUUCGAAGCAGUUUUGUCAUUAUUUUGCUCGCAUCACUCUAUCGUUUUUUCAUCAGAAGCGAAAGUUGCUCGGUUGCUUAGAAUUACGAAAAGGACUCCGCAAUUAAUCUUAAUUGGUGGAAUAGUGGAAAAUACUCUCCUGAGCAAAAACGAAUUCACAAAUUUCGCUUCGAUGCCAAGUUUGCCAGUGGCACAGGCACAGCUUGUUUCUGUGCUGAACAGUGCAGCUGGUCAAAUUGUAAAUAAUUUAGAAUCGCAUCAGAAAUCCUUAGUGAAUAUGUUAGAUGCCCAUGCUAAACGGGAAGAUGGAACAGGAGACAGCAGUACUCAGUCAGGUUCAAGUGGAGAUAAUACAGAUGCAAAGAAAGAUUAGAAAUGAUAAUUUUAGUAAAAUAAAAUAUUAGACAAAUAUGAA